AUGCCGCGGCUCAGCACCCGCCCCCUCGGGAAUUCCCCGCGGGAGCCGCUGGGAGGGACGCGGCCCCCGGGCUGGGCACACCUGAGCGGCGGCGGGGCGGUCGCGGCCACAUCCGGGGCGACGCGACUGAGUCACCUGCCCCUCGGCGUGCGCCAGUCCGGCCAGUCCGCCCCGUCUCUCCCGUCCGAGACUCUCCCCACAACCCCCCAAGAGCCGCACGGGGGCGGGGGCGAGGGCGGGGCGGGGCUGUCUCUUAAAGGGGCCCGGGCCGCUGCGCUCAGGCCACUUCCUGGGGGCGGAGAGGACCUCAGCGGCUUCGGCGACACCCGGGGAAGGCGGCGGCGGCCGGGUACCGAGACUCCCGGCUGUUUUCAUCAGAGCGCUCGGACACUCCCAGCUCGGGCUGAGUACGCAUCGUCGCCACCCGGUGGAUACAAGGCGGCUCCGCCAUCCGCUCCCGUCAGUUCCGCCUCCAUCUUCUGCGACCCGCGCCGGCAGCCCGGCCUGGCCUCGGAGUGGCCCCAGAGCCCUGGGUGGACUCGACCUCGGCGGCAACGAUCUGCCCGGGGUCUCCGAAGCCAGCCCUUCAGAGUCGGCCCUGUGCUCGCCACCGUCACCUGCUGGUUGGAUUCCGGAAACCCACUCUCUGAAGAGCACAGAGGAGAGUCGCUGACCACCGCAAAUCGGAUACGUCCAGACCUCAAGCUCCCUUCCCCUCUCUGGCUGCCCUCUGCUUUUUUCAUCCCUUCUCUCAGCCUUUCAGGAAUUUCUGUUCCCUGAGACCAACCCCCUAUCCACCACCAAAGUAACCCGGGCGAGCCCCAGACCUUACUGCCUGUGCUCCGCCUGUGCCUCCAACCCAGCGAGCCUGACAGUUUCGACCCAAUUCUGCACGCACAUCCAGGAAGUUGUGCCUUUUCUUUUCUUUCGGUGUCUCCUGUACUUCCCAAAAUUUCUCCUCCUCCUGUGCCCUCUUCGCCCCCCUCCUUUGGGGGCCCCGUGACCCUAAAUGUGGGGGGCACACUAUAUUCCACCACUUUGGAGACCCUGACCCGCUUCCCAGACUCCAUGCUGGGGGCUAUGUUUAGGGCCGGCACCCCCAUGCCCCCAAACCUCAAUUCCCAAGGAGGCGGCCACUACUUCAUCGACCGGGAUGGCAAGGCCUUCCGGCACAUCCUCAAUUUCCUGAGGCUGGGCCGUCUGGACCUGCCCCUCGGGUAUGGAGAGACAGCGCUUCUCAAGGCAGAGGCUGACUUCUACCAGAUCCGGCCCCUCCUGGACGCGCUGCGGGAACUGGAGGCCUCUCGGGGGACCCCUGCAUCCACAGCUGCCCUGCUCCACGCAGAUGUAGACGUCAGCCCCCGCCUCGUGCACUUCUCUGAUCGCCGGGGACCCCAUCACUAUGAGCUGAGCUCCGUCCAGGUGGACACCUUCCGAGCCAACCUCUUCUGCACUGAUCCUGAGUGUCUAGGUGCUUUGCGGGCCCGAUUUGGUGUGGCCAGCGGGGAUAGGGCAGAGGGGAGCCCACAUUUUCAUCUGGAGUGGGCCCCCUGCCCCGUGGAACUCCCGGAGGCGGAGUAUGGGAGACUGGGACUGCAGCCACUGUGGACUGGGGGGCCAGGAGAGCGGCGGGAGGUGGUGGGCACGCCAAGCUUCCUGGAGGAGGUGCUGCGGGUGGCUCUCGAGCAUGGCUUCCGCCUAGACUCUGUCUUCCCCGACCCUGAAGACCUGCUCAACUCCCGGUCUCUGCGCUUUGUCCGGCACUGAGGACGCGGUUCUCAUUUUGACUCUGGGAAGAGAGGGAAUGGGGCAGUUAAUGGGGUACUGGCACCCCUGAAGCCUCUUUCCAGCUCUGCUCCAGGAGCUAUGAGAGUCAGGACUCCCCUGCACCUGACUGAAGCUCAGAUCUGGGCAGAAAUUCCCAAACCUGAGCCCACCAAGGACUCACAGGGGUCCAGAAGGUCUCGACUGGUGCAGAUCCUCGGAGAGGCAAGGAAGGUUCUCUUGGUUGUUCUCACCUAAGGCUGGGGACCUCCAAUCUCUCCUUGAUUGGAGCUCAGUGUUUAAGGGCCUGGAAGGGUGGGGAACACCUCUUUACCCAGACUAAGCCUGGCAAAACACUGGAAGGAUAUUGAGGUCUGGGGAAGAGGGAGGACUUGGCAUUGCCCCAUGCGGUCUCCUGGACCAUGGCCUCUCCUCCUGAAGCUGGGUGGCCUGGCCUGACCAAUGAGAUGCCAGAACACUCUGGAACAAGGGAAGAGGGGUUCUUUGCUGUGUUCCAAGCCAUCUACUGAGGGAGACAGAAAGGCCACAUCCCACCCUCAGUUGAUGUACGGGAGCUGGGAGAGUCCCCAUGGCAAUGGGGCUGGAGCAUCCCUCAUCUGGAAGGAUCCCAUCUUGAUGGUGGGGCGGCCAUGGGGAAGAGGGUAGUAUCUGUUGAGUCCUUGGGCUUCCUUCAUGUGUGCCUGCACAUCAGCCAGUGUGUCUGACUGAUGCAGAGGUCCCUGGCAUCCUGGUUCCCAUCUGUGUUGCUGACUACAGUGUCUGUGAUGUCUGCAUGUCCAGGCCUGUUUGGGGUUACCCAGCAACUAUUCUGGCCCAGGGUGUAUCUGUAGUGUGUAUGUGAGGAGGUUGACAAUUAGUCGUUUAAUCACAGGAUGUAUGUGUAUGUGUUUACGUGCACGCAUGCAUAUGCAUCACCACGUAGCCAGGAGGGGCCUGUUGGGGUUUGAGUCACUGGGAUCUUCCCCGUGAGAGGUAAGAGAAGUCACUGGGCUUAGCUGGGCCUCUGAGGCCUGUAUGGAACUCUUGGUUGCUGUGGCAACCAUGGCCCUGUUGCUAGGAGAUAGCUGGGAAGGCCCAAGGCGGCCCAGGGCAGAGAGAGGAGACAAGAGUUUGGGGCCGUGGGGGAGGAGAUGGGAAGGGAUGGGAUUUCUGGCUCCCUGAGCGGAUGGGAUACUCUUGCGCAGCUUCUUCACUGGGGGUGUCACACAUUAUUUAUCACUGGUCAUGAUUUACAAGAAGAAAAAUAAAAUGGCUUUUGGAACCACAAAA